AUGGCGCCCAUCACACCUCUCAAUGCGGCGGAUAUAACUGAAAAAGCGCGCCGGGAGCUGCUGCUCCUGCUCGAGGGUAUCAGAGGAAAGAAGAACCUCGUGCUAGAGAAAGCUCUCGCAGGCCCGCUCAACCUGCUCGUCAAGUUCUCCACGCUCCAGGAAUAUGGCGUCGACAAGCCCUUCUUCCUUGAGAACGACAAUGUCGACUCUUCUCAGCGCAACAUCGUCUUCCUGGUUAGAGGCGAGAAAGCAAAGACUGUGAUGGCUGUUGCUGAUCAAAUCAAACGUAUUCGGCGAGACAGCCAAAUUGAACAUGAAUUCUCCAUCUUCUGGGUCCCGCGCCGUACUAUGACCUCCGACCAAUUACUCGAAGAGGCGGGUGUCUUGGGUGAAGCGAGCGUGAGCGAAUGGCCGCUGUUCUUCGUGCCGCUUGCAGAUGAUGUGCUAUCGCUUGAACUUGAAGAUGCUGUGUCAGAUCUUUAUCUCAAGAAAGAUCCUACCGCAAUCUACUUGUCAGCCAAAGCGCUCAUGCUUCAGCAGCAGAAGUAUGGUCUCUUCCCGCGCAUCAUCGGCAAAGGUGACAAUAGCAAGCGACUUGCCGACCUACUCAUCCGUAUGCGUACCGAAGUCACGGCCGGUGAGACCUCUGCCGGCGGUGGACCGUCGUUCUUGGGCUUAGCACCUAGUUCCAAUAUCGACAGUCUGAUCAUCAUUGACCGAGAAGUCGACUUUCCCACAGCGCUACUGACUCAGUUGACAUAUGAGGGACUCAUCGACGAAGUCUUCAACAUCACCGCCAACCAGACCGAAGUCGACUCUUCCAUAGCUGGUGGUGCACAGCCUCAGCAAGGUCAGACCGGAUCAGCAUCGACAAGUAUGAAGCGCAAGAUCAUGAUUGAUUCGAAAGACGCUCUAUACGCCGAUCUAGGUGAUGCGAACUUUGCUAUCGUCGGUAACUUGCUCAACCAAGCAGCUCGUCGUCUGCAGAGCAGCACAGGACGCGACCAGCUUGCCACAAAGACGACUACAGAGCUUCGUGACUUUGUCGCCAAGUUGCCCGGUUACCAGGCCGAGCAAGCCAGCUUGAAGCUACACACCAGUCUGGCUGAGGAAAUUAUCAAAUUCACGCGCACCGACAUCUUUACGCGGAGUUUGGAAGUGCAGCAGAAUAUCAUGUCUGGCGCCGACCCAACAACACAACACGACCUCAUCAAUGAGCUCAUCAACCGUGAUGUACCGCUACCCGCCAUCCUUCGCUUGCUCUGCCUAGAGUCCACCACCAACGCCGGCAUCCGUCCGAAGGAUCUCGAGGCCUUCAAGCGCGCCAUCAUCCAAGCAUACGGCCCGCAACACAUCCUGACCCUCGCCUCCCUCGAGAAGAUGGGUCUACUAGGCCCACGAGGCGGCGUAAGUCUCGGUGGCGUAGGCGCGCCGGCCAAACCCGGCAGCGUAACAAACUACACGCCCCUGCGCAAGAGUCUCAAGCUCUGGGACGACGACGUCAACGAAGCAAGCCCCAACGACAUCAGUUACACCUUCUCCGGCUACGCGCCUCUCAGCGUCCGCAUCAUCCAAUCCAUCAUUCAGAAACACACGCUCGCCAACGCCAUCAAACCCCCCUCCGAUCCCCGCGCAAGCGCCCAAGCCAACCCCCUCGCCCAAGGCCUCCGCAUCUUCGACGACGCUAGCAAAUACAUCCGCGGCGCCACGUUGGAUGAGACGCAAAAGGGCGAGGAGAAGGCCGUCAAGGCGCGGCAGCUGUUGAAUGGGAGUGCAGGUGAGAAGAACAAGACUAUUGUUGUUUUCUUCCUGGGAGGUGUUACGAGGGCUGAGAUUGCGGCGCUGAGGUUUGUGGGCGAGAAGUUGAAGGAGAGCGGUGGAGAGGGGAGGGGCAGCAGGAUUGUGGUUUGUGCGACGAAUGUGGUCAAGGGAGAGGGGUUGGUGGGGAGUGCGAUUGAGAAGCAGAGGUUUAAGGCUUGA